AUGAUUUCGUCCCGUGUCAGACGGCUUAAGCGCCAAGAGCUCCGUUUAGACGACCGUAGCAGCGAUCUUGUGACCCGUGAUAUUUACUGGCACGAUCAAGAAUGGAACAUUUCCUUCUGCCUUUACCACAACUGCUCAAAUCUUCUCUUGGAAGCAUCCUCCGCCGGAAGAAUCAAAUUCAAAAUCUUAAUUCGAUUGACCUCUUCUGCCUCUUAUGAUUGCUGCUUGUCUGUGCGCCGAUAUUUGGCUAUUGCUGUUUUGCAACUCGUGGUUGGAAUGGACGACGUUCCGAAUACUGAGAGCAGCGAGCUGAUAGAUAACAUUCUUGAGAUGGGCCCUAGCUACAGUUCGACUCGCUCAGAUGAAUGGGGACCAUGA